AUUCUAAACCGGAAGUUUGUCACUAGCUGGCGACUGUUUCCAUUUUGACGGCGAUUGGAAAAGGCCACUGCGUGCUUGUUGUUUCUUCACGUUUUGUAAUCAAACUAAACCGUCAUCAUGGCUAUGCAGGCAGCCAAACGCGCUAACAUCCGAUUACCUCCUGAGGUGAACAGAAUCCUCUACAUCAGGAAUCUUCCUUAUAAGAUUACAGCUGAGGAGAUGUACGAUAUCUUUGGGAAAUAUGGACCAAUACGACAGAUCCGAACAGGGAACACACCUGAAACCAGAGGAACAGCUUAUGUUGUGUAUGAAGAUAUCUUUGACGCCAAAAAUGCCUGUGACCACCUGUCAGGCUUCAACGUCUGCAAUCGUUACCUGGUGGUGCUUUACUACAAUGCAAACAGAGCCUUCCAGAAGAUGGACACAAAGAAGAAAGAGGAGCAGCUGAAGCUUUUGAAAGAGAAAUAUGGGAUCAACACAGACCCCCCAAAGUAGUUUAGGUCAGGUUUUUAUCUUUAAACUCUCUAUUUGUAAAAAAAAAAACACACAAAAAAAA